AGGCGCUUCUCAGAGAACGUCAAGCUAGUCAAGUUACGAGCAAUCUUGAAACAGAAGAAAGUAUACCAAAGUUUUUGUUGUCACGUUAUAAAAGAACGAAAAAAGAGGACAUCUAAGUUUCUUAGCUGGAGGAUGUUUGAAGGGACAGAGAGUGAAGGAUGUAUCGCAAACCCGGCCAGAAUCGAUAUCCGGGCCCGGGUGCAGCAGUUUUUGGAGGAGAGGAUGCAGACCACAAUGCUUACCGGCGUGCUAAUCGGAGCAGUGGUGGCCAUCUCUCUGAUCGGCAUUGUAGUCUUGUUCCUCUACAGGCGAUACAAACUGUCCCAGGGCCAGCAGGGGGGCGUUCCUCGCUAUCGCUUUCGGAAAAGAGACAAAGUGCUCUUCUACGGCAGGAAGAUCAUGAGGAAGGUCCAGACCCUGUCGUCUCCUCCUUCCUCCAGCUCUCUGUCCAGGCAGCAGCGCACACGUAAGAGACCCAAGGUCCUGAGUAUCGCCCGCAGGAUCCUGCGCAUUCGCCGGGAGCCCCCCACCCUGCAGCCCAAAGAGCCUCCGCCUUCUUUGCUGGAGGCCGACUUGACCGAGUUCGACGUGCAGAACUCCCACCUGCCCUCCGAGGUGCUCUACAUGCUUAAGAACGUCAGGGUUUUGGGACACUUUGAGAAGCCUCUGUUCCUGGAGCUGUGCCGGCACAUGGUGCUGAUGGAGCUGCAGGAAGGGGAGGGGCUGUUCCGCCCAGGCGACAGGGACGACAGCAUCUACGUGGUGCAGGACGGCCGCCUGGAGCUCUGCAUCAACGAGAGCGAUGGAACGGUUCCAGUGGUGAAGGACGUGCUUCCAGGAGACAGUGUACACAGUCUGCUCAGCAUUCUGGACAUCAUCACUGGGUACCCCGCUCCCUAUAAGACCGUGUCCGCUCGAGCGGCCUCCAGAUCCACCAUCCUGCGCCUGCCAGCCUCCGCCUUCCAGUCCGUGUUUCAGAAAUACCCGGAGACGCUGGUCCGGGUCAUCCAGAUCAUCAUGGUUCGUCUUCAGAGAGUGACGUUCCUGGCCCUGCACCACUACCUGGGACUGACCACUGAGCUCUUCAACCCGGAGAGGCAGGCUGUCCCCCUGACGUCAGUGGCCAGUGUGAUCGGGGACACCAGCGGGGGCAGGGCAGGAAGACGGCAGCACACACACACCCCCGUAGAGGAUGAGGCUGCCUCGGAAAACACUGCAGAUACAGAUGGAGGGAAAGGCGGGCAGUCGGAGGCCUCCAAGAAGUCCCGUUCCAUCCCAGCGCCUGCAGACAGCGCAGGGGUGACGGGAAACGACCUGAACAUGGCCUACGAGAGGGCCAGGGUCACCAUCGAUGAACCUCCCUCCAGUCCUGCCACGGUCCACAAGUCGAUCCUGAAGAAGACGGUGACCAUGCAGCAGACUCCCUCGGCUGUGUUUCGCUACACGGACAGCGGAGGGCGCUCUGACCAAGUCCCUCCCAGUAAGAUCAACGCCAUCUUCCAGGCGGCCAAGGAGGAUCUUCUGGGACUCAUACCACUGCAGGACCCCAGUCUCUUAGAGGGACGUGUCACUCUACACCAGGUGAAGGCAGGCUCGGUAGUUGCCCGGCAGGGUGACCAGGACGUGAGCGUGCAGUUCGUCAUCUCGGGGCUGCUGCACGUGUACCAGCGUAUGAUCGACUGUGAGAAGGACACGUGUCUGUUCGUCACCCACCCCGGGGAGCUGGUGGGCCAGCUGGCCGUCCUGACCGGGGAGCCCCUCAUCUUCAGCGUGCGCGCCCAGAGGGACUGCACCUUCCUGGCCAUCUCCAAAACGCACUUCUAUGAGAUCAUGCGUGCAGAGCCCAGUGUGGUGUUGAACGUGGCCCACACAGUGGUGCGCAGGAUGUCUCCGUUCGUCAGGCAGAUCGACUUCGCCCUCGACUGGAUGGCUGUGGAGGCCGGCCGUGCUGUCUACAGACAGGGGGAUAAGUCUGACAGCACCUUCAUCGUGCUGAGCGGUCGGCUGCGCUCGGUCAUCCUGAAGGAGGACGGCAAGAAGGAGCUGACCGGGGAGUACGGCCGUGGCGACCUCAUCGGCGUGGUGGAGGCUCUGACACACCAGAACAGAGCGACCACAGUGCACGCAGUGAGGGACUCAGAGCUGGCCAAGCUCCCAGAGGGGGCGCUGAGCUCCAUCAAGAGGAGAUACCCGCAGGUGGUGACCAGACUCAUACACCUGUUGGGGGAGAAGAUCCUGCAGCAGGUUAAUGGUCCCCUCACAGCCCGCAGUCUGGCCCUGCACACUCCCAGUAGUAAGUGGGACACGGGAGACCCCGCCUCCAACCUGUCCACAGUGACCAUCCUGCCGGUGUCUGAGGACGUGCCCCUGACCGCCUUCACCCUGGAGCUGCAGCACGCGCUGAGCGCCAUCGGCCCCACCCUCCUCCUCACCAGUGACAUCAUCAAACAGCGCCUGGGAGCUGCAGCACUCGACAGCGUGCACGAGUACCGGCUGUCCAGCUGGCUGGGGCAGCAGGAGGACAUCCACCGCAUCGUGCUCUACCAAUCGGACGGCUCGCUCACGCCCUGGACCCAGCGCUGCAUCCGCCAGGCCGACUGCAUCAUCAUCGUGGGCCUGGGGGAGCAGGACCCGGCCGUGGGGGAGCUGGAGCGCAUGCUGGAGAGCAGUGCGGUGAGGGCCCAGAAGCAGCUGGUCCUCCUGCAUCGGGAGGACGGGCCGCCCCCUAGAGGCACGGUGGACUGGCUCAACAUGCGCAGCUGGAUCUCCAGACACCUCCACCUGUCCUGCCCCCGACGGGUCUUCACCAAGAGGAGCCUGCCCAAACUGAGAGAGAUGUACGAGCGGGUGUUCCAGAAGCCUCCGGACCGCCACUCAGACUUCUCGCGCCUGGCACGCGUCCUGACCGGCAACGCCAUCGCCCUGGUCCUGGGGGGAGGCGGGGCCAGGGGCUGUUCUCAGGUGGGUGUGCUGCGGGCCCUGAGUGAGGCUGGGAUCCCAGUGGACCUGGUGGGCGGCACUUCCAUCGGAGCCCUGAUGGGGGCGCUGUACACCGAGGACAGGAACCACAGCCGCAUGACAGUGCGUGCGCGAGAGUGGGCCAUGGAGAUGACAUCAGUGUUUAAGAAGUUUCUGGACCUGACCUACCCCGUCACCUCCAUGUUCUCAGGGGCAGCCUUCAACUCCAGCAUCAACGCCGUCUUCAAAGGCAAACAGAUCGAGGACUUGUGGAUCCCAUAUUUCAACAUCACCACUGACAUCAGUGCCUCUGCUAUGAGAGUGCACACUGAUGGGUCUCUGUGGAGGUAUGUUCGAGCCAGUAUGUCUCUGUCUGGGUACCUGCCCCCUCUCUGUGACCCCAAAGAUGGACACCUGCUCAUGGACGGGGGCUACAUCAACAACCUGCCUGCGGACGUGGCACGCUCCAUGGGCGCUAAGGUUGUGAUCGCCAUCGACGUGGGCAGCCUGGACGAGACUCACCUCACCAACUACGGCGACUCUCUGUCGGGCUGGUGGCUCCUGUGGAAACGGUUCAACCCCCUGGCAGAGAAAGUCAAGGUGUUGAACAUGGCGGAGAUCCAGACCAGGCUGGCGUAUGUGUGCUGCGUGAGGCAGCUGGAGUCGGUGAAGAGCAGUGAGUACUGCGAGUACAUCCGGCCUCCCAUCGACCGCUACGGCACGCUGGAGUUCGGCAAGUUCGACGAGAUUGCGGAGGUGGGCUAUCAGCACGGGAAGACGGUGUUUGACGUGUGGAGCAGAAGCGGGGUGGUGGAUAAGAUGCUGAAGGACAGACACCAGGAGGAGUUCUGCAACACCAAGAGCAACAACGUGCUGACGUGUCCCAACGCGUCCUUCACUGACCUGGCGGAGAUCGUGUCCCGGAUCGAACCCGUCAAGCCCGCCCUGGUGGAAGAGGAGUCAGACUAUCAGACGGACUACGAGGAGGAGGCGGUGGGCAGCGCGCUCUCGGACCUGGAGCUGUCCAAUCACCACGGCGACCACGCCGAGGGGGAGGAGACUGGUGACACGGAUGAAGAAAUGGAGCUGAGAUACAGACGACGAGGAACUGAGCUCUUAAACACCGCUCCCUGAACCCUCCCACCUCUCUUGACUGUCCCAUCCCAUAUCCGUCCCCAGUCAUUACCACAAUUCCCCAGUCACUCCCUCCCUCCUCUCUCAUUGGCCUCUCCCUCCUGUAUGGUCCCUCCCACAUCUAUCUGGCCCCUCCCACCUCUCUCACUGGCCCCUCCCACCUGGAGGAGAUGUGUGGAGUGUGGAACAGCGGACCUGGAUUCUCUUCUCCGUCCUCCUGUGAGAAAAACCCCACUGCCACCCAGGACACAGUAUACUAACAUGCACACAAAUGAAUGUUUUUUUAUUAUUUCAGAUCAGUAUAUUCUUUAGGUUUUUCACAAAAGGAUACUUUUUUUUUUUUACCAUGCAUUGCUCCCUUUGUAUUCACUUCUUUCUGUAACCACAGAGUUCCUGUGGGUUUACCCCAGCAGGAACUAACAUACCCUGUACUGUAAUAGCGCUGUCUUGAGGGCUAGAGACUUCCAUUAGUUUGAUUGCCUUUUUCUUUUAUGUUACCAUGCUCAAAUUUGAGCAACAACUAAACCUCUCUCUCACUCACUCAUACACAUACACAUACACACACACGCACACACACACGAGAGCCAAUCAAUGCAAGACUUUUUGAUAUGAGUUUUUGAUGUUACGUUUUGUGAUUGGUAAUGAGCGAUGCCGUCCCUGUGCUCAGUGUUGCCAGGGAGACGGACAUAGCUGACAGGCUCGCCUUGCAUGGCACCGCCGUGUGACGGGGCUGUAAAAUAUUUACUGUGACGCCGGGUCAACAAAAUCCAAUCAGUGUGCCUUAUUGUAGCUGUUUCAGACACCAGGACUCACUAAGGUGUGUCGUGUGUCUCUGUGUGUGUUAUCCGUGUCGAUUUCACCAAUGCCUUUUCCAGUGAACUGAAAUUCUCUCAGAAAUGCUACACACUCAACGGAGCCUGUCAAGUGCUGAAUAAUGUCUCAUUAAUAUUAAUCAUACUAAUCGAAUCUAAGCAUGCGUGACGGCAAUAUACUUUCGAAAAAAUGCGUCCGAUCGCAGUGUAGCUGAACAAUGUUAUGCAAACCAGAUCACACUCGAGAAAACGUAACAAGGAGGGCUGCUACCAUAGGAAACACUUUUCGAGUAAGUUUACGAUGUGUAAUAAAAUGAACAAAGAUACUACAAAGGCCUUUCUGAUUAACAGCUCAUACAGAUGACCGUGAGCCAGAGCCUUAAGGUUGAGUAUGCGGACCCUAAAAUGGAGGUUGUCCGUAAGUCCCAGUGCUGCAGGACUGUAACAGUUACGUAAGAGACUCUGUCUCAUUUGUGUUUGUUUUCGGGCAGUGGGGCACCACACCAACUUUGUAAAAUAUUAAUUCCUAAUAAAUUGCACUUUUUUAAAAUAGUA